ACACCACUGUACGCACACCGCUGCCCCAACGACCAUUGCCCAGGGGCGACGUGUCGAACAGCCGCGAGGCGAAACGAACUCGCCCUCUUGUUUAUUCAGACACAAAGACGCACCAAGAUACCAAGAUCUCCCCCACCCCUGCCGUACAUCACUGGCUGCUGCUGCUGUUGGGGACACGCGCUUGGUUAGCCAGCACACGUGCGUGACGUCAUUUAUGGACGGCCCCUAAGAACUGAUGCUGCAGUGAUUUUUUGGUGGUAACUAUAAUGUCAUUCGGAUUUUUCCUAGUAGGGAGUGUUUCGUCGAGCCUGUGAGUGUUCAAGAGUGUGAAUGAGUAAGAUCAAAUGUGAGUGGGUAUUUGAGUAUUUAAAUAUUUUUUUCAUGAAUAUGUGAAAGUGAGCGAAUGGGUGUUUGAGAGUAAAGGAGUGUGCAUUUUAAAAUGAUUGAGUGUGUAAGAGUGAGCGGGUGUACUUAAACGUGAGGACAUGAUGAGAGGCGGAUGAGAACAGGUUGAAGUGAUUGUAACGUCGUACUCAGAUUGUAAAUAUGGUGGAUUUGCUCUCCAAUACACCUGUAUGCUGUACUAGUAACGAAUUGGCAUGUUCUGUUUACGUGACAAACCUUAAUAAUUAGCUGUGUCGGGUGGUGGCGGGUUUAAUGACACUUUUAUAUUUACGCGAUCGAAGCCAAAAAACCUAUAUUAUGGAAGGUUGAAGUGCUUAUGCUAAACUGACCUUACUAAUGAGAAUGAGCACAGCAGUGUGUCUGAAGAAGACGUUUUAAGCAGUGUGUAUUACCUGUUAUGACAUACAGAUCAUAAACAUUGUUAAAUAAAAUGGACCAAAAGCUGAAAAGUACACAAAGGAGAAUGGAACGAUGCAUGCAAUUAAACUGAGAGACACAAAGAGGAAAUAAAUACACGAAUUAGAGAACAAAUGAAAGAUUGAUGCAUAUUUUGACUUCAUAAAAGUCGCUUGGGCAGGACACAUGGCAAAAAGGGAUGAUGGCUGAUGUCAUAGUGACAGAGGAAGGAAUGCACCCGAGAGGUUGUCCACUGCAGAGAUUUACCUCGCUCAUGUGAUCGAUGGGUUCCUGUAUUGCAGUAUCAUCAUGAGCAUUAGCGACAUUGUCAGAAUUAUCAGCAGGCCGAUAGAUAAUGAAAAAUAACUGUUAAAAAGUAAAAUAUAACCUGCCUCAUAGAAGUACGGCCAUUUGUGUCUGAAACAUUUUAUAACAAAUAUAAACCCCUUCCUAAAGCAUUAUAUAAACUAGCUUAAAACAACCAUUUGACCCAAACAUAAAAAAACGACAUCCCAGAGAUGGAUUGUGUUCUGUGUUGAAAAGUAAUUUUAAAUUGGUUUUAUAUCAACGGUUCAGCCUACUAAACCGGCUCACAUUCUUGUAUGUAGACUGAGGCAACAGAGGUUACACAAAAUGCGUUGGUGCGGGUGAACUUCUGAUAUUUUCGGUUGCCCCUAAUGCUAAGGUCAUAACUGAUAAGGACCGUGUGGGCAACCUUCCCAACCCUGUUUACCUUGCUCUCACACCGUGUGUGUUAUGUUUUGCCAUUAACCAUUGUUUCAUGUAAGUUGGAUGCAGUUGGUGAAUGUUUCUUUGAUCAAACUUUGUAGUAAAUAUUGGUUUGUACAUUAUACAUGAAACACAUGCAAAUCAUGGCAUUUCUGAAUUACUGACUAAAAUAGAAAAUCUAAUUGUUUUUUUUCAUUGUUACAUUAAGUUAUACUUUUAGGAGUAGCUUAUCCAAGUAUUUAAAGUCCAAACAACAAGCUUGUAUUUUUUCUUAUAAUAUGUUAAUUUAACAAUCUCAGUCAUUUUCAUUUAAAUAUCCCUAAUGCAAAGCUCCAAUAAGUAAUGCCAAAGAACACUUUGUUCCUACAUCUACAAGAAACACAGCAGCCACUUGUGGUUCCUUACAGGAACAAUUCUGGGUGCACUAACUCAGGAAAUGUUGGCAAUGUCAUGGGCACUGGCUCCAAACAUUUUCCUUCCCUUUUCUAUCCAAAGUUUAGGGCUGAAGGCAGAACUGGGGCAGCUACGUAGGCUUGUUUCAUUUCUGCGCAAGUGGGCCAAGAGGGACUUUAGCAGAUGGUGAUUAAAUGUUUCCUCAUUUGGUGGAAGACAUCUUAAAUACAUUGUGUUACCACUGUUGAAGAAAUGCGCAUGAAGUCCUGAUAGGGAAGUGAAAUCACACCCACCAUUAAAAGCCAUUAUAGCAUUUUGAACUCCCUUGAUUAGCUCAUCUGUGACUUUACAUUGUCCACAUCAUCUACAACAUCAUGUUUCUAAAAGGUUACGCACUGACGCAGGCCUUCGUUGUCUGCGUGGGCCUCAGUAUGGAGACUCCCAGAAAGGACCCUGCGGUGUUUGUGGCCUCUCAGUUGCCCUCAGAUGCACGGUUCAUGGCGGUGCUUGCCAAUGGGUACCUAGGCACCCAGGUGUACGGCCGCUCGCUGCACAUGGGCGACGUUUACAACGGGAACGGGACGCAGAGCCACCGUGCGCAUAUCCCCUCCACGCUCAAUGUGCUGCUCUCGAACACAGGCCCAGGGGAGCUCCUGUAUGGCCUCAACACCAGGAAAGGUGUGUUUGAAUGCGUGCUGAAGAGCGAACAUAUGCUGGUGGUGCAGCGAAUGUACGCGCACCGCUCCCGUAGAAACCUGCUGGUGCACAGCGUGCAUAUGCAGCGCACUGGCCCGGACCUAUCUCCCCUCCACCUCAACCUUUCCAGCAGCUUCACACCUUUCAGCGAAGAUAUUGACUUUAAAGAAGGGUCUGCAUUUCUUGAAGCAAGGUACAUCUAUGGUGAGAUUCAUGCGCCGGAAGGGAAAGAAUGUUCAAAGACCACUGUGCAUAUGGUCUGGACACCAGUCCCCACUUGCUUGGAGCUGCCCGCUGGACAGAUCGUGAAAAAGUGGACAUUUCUAACAGCCCUGAGCACGGAUGAGAGUGAAGCCAAAGCCGAAUACCGUGCAGGUCUGCGUGCAGCUGAGACACGCGAGCUGUACCACACCCACAAGGCAGCCUGGUCCCAGCUGUGGGCCGCAAGCUGCAUUGACAUGACUGGAGACUUUUACCUUACCCAGGUGUUGUAUGCGUGCAUGUUCUACAUGCUCAGCGCAUUGCCGUCUGCGAGCACGUUGGAUUAUCCCUUCUUUGGAGUGAGUCCUGGUGGGCUGUCCAACGGAGAGAGAAACGAGGACUAUCUUGGACACAUCUUCUGGGACCAGGAGACAUGGAUGUAUCCCGUAGCGCUGUUGUUCCACCCCAGGGUUGCGCGCACCAUGCUGGAGUACCGUGUGGCACGGCUCGGCGCCGCACGUGAAAAUUCUCGCGCCGCUGGACACAGGGGAGCAAAGUACCCCUGGGAGAGCGCUGUGGCUGGACAUGAAGUUUGCCCGGAAGACAUUUACGGGCAGCAGGAAAUCCACAUCAAUGGAGAUGUGUCCUUUGCUUUCCAGCAGUACUUCCUUGUGACUCAGGAUUUAAACUUCUUUUCACAACUGGGAGGAUGGGAUGUGGUGAAGUCUAUCGCGGAAUACUGGAAAAGCCGUGUGGAGUGGAAUAAGUCUGAGAAAUGCUAUGACAUUAACAAUGUGAUGCCUCCAGAUGAGUACCAUAAUGGCGUCAAAAACUCUGUCUAUACAAAUGUCGUGGCUAAAUACAGCCUUGACUUUGCCUCGGAUCUGGGAGAACUACUGAAAGUUCCCGUCCCUCCGAAAUGGAAAGACAUUUCAAGCAAACUAAAAAUUCCCAUCGACCACGAGAAAAACUACCACCCAGAGUAUGAUGGAUACAAUCUCGGCGAGUCUGUGAAGCAAGCCGAUGUGAUCCUCCUUGGCUUCCCUUUGGGGUUUCCCAUGAGCGCACAGAUGAGAAAGAACGACCUGGAAUUGUACGAGGAAGUGACAGACCAUGAUGGGCCUGCCAUGACCUGGAGUAUGUUUGCAGUGGGGUGGCUUGAAAUGAAUGAUUCCAAAAAGGCCAAGGAGAUGAUUACGAGGUGCUAUCAGAACAUUCAUGAGCCCUUCAAGGUGUGGAGUGAAAACCCGGAUGGCUCUGGAGCUGUGAAUUUCCUCACAGGAAUGGGAGGAUUCUUGCAGGCAAACCUCUUUGGAUACUUUGGAAUAAGGAUAACAAAGGAAGGUUUAAAAUUCAACCCGAAUAUUCCCGAAAACGUUUCGGAGGGUGUGGUGACUGGCUUGGCUUACCUGGGCAACAAAAUUACGUUUUCUGCAACAGUAGCCAAUGUGGUGCUGACGGUGACUGCAAUAGACGAAGCUUCACACACACAACUGGAGGUGGUGGUGAGCAGCACUGAGAAAGUCUUCCCUCUGCUCCUGAAGAAGCCAGUUGCCUUCCCGACGUCUUCUGGAAGAAUUCAGAUGUUGCAUUGAGAUUAUAAUUCAUGAACAUUUACAUUUUAUGACAAAGUACACUUUUAAUUCCUAUGACAAACAUGCAUUGAAGAAGUCAUUGGAUGUGAUCUUGGUAUAUAAGUUCAAGUCAAUAUGAUUUUGUCUCAUGCCUUGCAUUGGUUGCAAAGUUACAAUCAUAACAGUAUAAUGUUUGAAUUUAUAUGGUGCUUAAAUGCCUCUGCAACUCAAAGAGCUUUACAUCGUAUCUCACGUUAUGUUUUUAUGGGAGGAUUACAUUUAUGUGUGUACAAUAUGGAAAAUGUAUCCAUUGUGCCACAAUCUUCAUCGUGUUAUUUUUUUUACAAAAAUGUAGAUUACUGUUUAACAUUCAAUACCGUAUAUAUCAUGGAUAGUCUUUCACAUAUUUUACAUUAACGUUUUAUCAUUUAAUUGUUUAAAUUGAUAUAUUAUAUCAAUGAUAUUAUUUGGGUCUUUCGGUAAAGCCACGUAGAUAGAAAAAUAUAAAAAAAAUAUCACGACGUUUCGAUCACAACAGAAGCAAUCGUUUUCCUGCUUCAGCAGCUCUCCCGCUAUA